CUGUCUUCAUUCACUCCUUCCUCCUGUCACUCUGAUUCUACUUCAUCGCCUUGCUUUACCUCACUCCAAUCAACCUCUUUUACAACACUCCUACAUCCUUUCAGAAGACUCCUGACUCACCUUGGAACUUCCGGCCCACUUCUAGGAUAGCAAGACGGACGAUGCCCAAAGCUAGGGCCAAUUAUAUCCCGAUUGGGGCCGAGGAAUGGCGGGAGGAUAUAACCAGAGAGGACGAGUCUUACAAAAGAUCGCGACGGGAGGACGACAAGCGCCACAGCGGUGUCAGAUGCACGGCUGAAAUGCAAGUUGGCCAAAAUGAUUGGUCAGAGAAAGAACCCAGUACAUGGUCCUACAGCUGUGAUCCGGCUGCUACCACGACUAAAAAUGACCCACCUUCACGAUACAUCCGUUUAUUUCAUAAGUGGAUCGCCCGCGUUAUGUCAAAUCAGUCCAUUUCAGCGGCGGAAAGGGGCUUUUAUUGGAGCUACGCUUUGGGCCAGAACGGAGAUACACGGAAGACUCGAGUGCCCUACGGCGGGGCUGUGGAUGUGCUAAACUAAGGCGAGUUACACCUUGCUGUCGUCCGCCUUGCAAAUGCUCUGUGAGGUGGUGAGAUCUCC